AUGCUCGAGCCGCGUUGGCGUCGGGAUGCGGCGGCGAGGAGCGCGCUGACGAUGCGGGCGGCGUCCGUGCGAGUCUCUAGGAGCGUCGCGGCGUCGGGUUUACGCUUGCGGGAGGAUGCGGACAUCGCGCGCGACGGUGUGUGCGAGGCGCGUGGCGGCGGCUGGUAUACAUACGUCGGCGCGUUGGAUUGA